UGCUGUUAUGACCUGCUGCUGUAUAAAAAGGCAUGAUUUAUCUGGCUCAAAGUAUCAGUUCACUGUGCAAUAUAGUUCCAGCUGGCUCUUAGUUACUUCCAAUCCUUGAUUUUAGCACCUUUCUCUAUUAUGAAGAUGAGGAAUCUUCUUUUGGGAGUUCUUCUGGGACUCCUUGCUGCUGUUCAUUCAACACCUGUUAAUACUGUGACCCAGAACCCUGCCAACCCUGAUGCAGGCUUUCUUGAGGAUGCCAUGACGGAGGGGUUCAUUGUUGGUCCAUCGCCUACGCUUACAACUGAAACACCCAAAAUAAGUGCCACAGUUCAAGCAUCACAGACACCGGUUUACAACUCUGAAGAUAUGACCGAAGGAAGUGCUGCUGGAAAGAUCAGUGACAUCUUAACAACGUCCAUCUCACCGCAUGAAACCACAACGCUGAAUAUUUCAAAUGCUCAGAGCUCUGGAUUCAUAGAGAGUGCCGUGAAUGAUGGCAGUGGUUUAGGAGAGAACAGUGACGAAUCACCGAUCGCCUUCACACUCAAUACCACAACAACGAAUGCCACAAAUGCGCCGACUUCUAACUCCACAGACAGUUACAUGUUUGAGGGGAGUGCUGUCGAAUCAACAAUACCCAUCGCACUUGAUACCACAACAGCAACGCAUGCUCCGACGUCAGACUUCACAGAGCAUUACAUAUUAAAGAGGAGAGGUUCAGGAUAUACCUCACCUUCCCUCUUUAGCCAUACCACCACAACAUCAGUGACAAGUGAAGACCAGUCAAUCAACACUUCAAACAACAACGUCCUCUCGCAAACUACUGAUCCUACUGUCUCUACCAGUGACGUCACAACAAACCUGGAUUCUGGUUCAGGGUCUGAACUGGUUUCUAAAAGCACCACUAUGACAUCUGGCUCGAGUGUAGAAACUAGCACUGUAUCAUCAAUACUAUCAAAACAAAAUCGAAAUAUUCUGCAUCAGGAGAACAAUUUUAAAGCAUCACAGACACAGACGCAGACGACAAACACUGAAACGACACACAAAGGACACGUUACACCUGAUUGGAUCAUCAUCCUUGGCUUUAUCGUUGGUGUUGCAGCACUUGUAAUACUCUGUGUUGCCAUCGCAACCAGACACAAGUGGAAUGGACCAAACCAGGCAAAUCUGACAGUGGCUUCAAAUAACCUCUCGAACCAGAACAGGGAGCGAGAGAUGGAGACUUUCCUGCCUAAUGAGAAACCCAAGGAGAAUGGACAUUCAGGGGAGUACACUGUCAUUCCCCUGGAAGAUGUUCCAGAAAAUGGUCCCUCAUACUGAGAUCCAGAAACAAACCCUCUGAAAAACAGAACCGUGAGACUGUGUUUCAAGCACAAUAAUUUAAAAGAGGAACAAAAUUGUCCAAACUGCGGAGCAAGAGGGGAUUUGUGGACUCUCACACCUCUGAUUCCUGUCUGAAUGACAACAAUAUGUCUUUUCUUUUUUUCCCCACUGACUUUGAAAAACUUUGAUGACACCUUUAUAGUUGCAGUAAAUUUUGAUUAGUCUAUUUAUUGCAUUAUUACAUUUUUUUUCUUUCUUUUUUAAUUUUUAAAUUAUGUGUUGGUCAGGUAAAGUGUGGUAAUGUCAUUUAUUUCAAAUGGAGCUAAACUCUCUACAGUGUUUUUUUCCCAGUUUUU